UGCUACGCACCCUCCAUUCUUUUUCUCUUUCUUAAACACUUGCUAUUUUCCUCACUGUCACCGCCCCUGCCAUUGUCUUCCUUUCCUGUUCUAGCUAGCUACCUAGGGUUUUUACACACACACACUGAUAUAUAUAUAUAUAUAUAUAUAUAUAUUAGCCCUUUUGAAGGUGUGAGAGGACAAGGGGAGAAUGAGGAAACCUUUCUGUGAGAAGGCGGUUUUGAACAGAGGAGCUUGGUCCAAACAAGAAGAUCAGAAACUCAUUGAUCAUAUCAACAAACAUGGCGAGGGUUCCUGGCGUAUCCUCCCUCAAGCUGCUGGUUUACUUCGCUGCGGCAAAAGUUGUAGGCUGAGAUGGAUAAACUACCUGAGGCCAGACCUUAAAAGAGGCAAGUUUGCUGAAGAUGAAGAAGAUCUCAUCAUCAAGCUUCAUGCCCUCCUAGGAAACCGGUGGUCACUGAUAGCCGGAAGAUUACCAGGAAGGACAGAUAAUGAGGUGAAGAACUAUUGGAACUCUCAUCUGAGAAAAAAGCUCAUAAACAAAGGAAUUGAUCCGACCAAUCAUCGGUUAACUCCAAAUCCGCCAUUAAUGUCUGGAAGCUCAGCAUCAUCAUCAUAUAAUAAUAGUGCCAAGAAUAAUGAUGAGCCAAUUACAAAACCUUAUUAUGUUUCUGAUAACAACUCCAACUGUGAUCAAGUCUCAGAUGCAGCGAGUGGUUUAGAGGAAGAAGAAUCAUCUUGCAUACCUGAUUUGAACCUGGACCCCAAUAUGAGGACUGAUUUGAAGCUGGACCUCAAUAUGAGGACUGGAAUUAUUUCUUCUUCUUCUUCACCUUCCCCAGAUCCAAAGCGAAUUCCAGAAUAUUCUAGACCUUCAACUGAACUUCUUCUGUUUGGGUGAUCUUCACUUUCUUGAGAGAAAGAGAGCUGCAAAUCUUAAUGAGCAAACUAUUCACAGUUUAGUUUUGUUUCAAUUAAUCGUGUAAAAGUGGUGACCAUCCUAUAAUUGAUGGUUCGUUUACUUUAUUAUCAACAUGACAAUGAUUUUUGUUCCCUUUCUUUUUGUUUUCUUUGUGGGAUGCUCUCGGAUUUAAUAGUCAUGGAUAUAAUUCUAUUUCGGGAAAAUUCUACAUAA